AUGGCAGAGUUACUUCUAACGAAUAAGGGAAAGCUUAGGUGGCGUGGUGAAUUCGAAUCUUUACAAAUAUUUCUUGAAAAAGAUCUUAACAUCAGAGGCAAGUGGAUUUCUGCAAGUGGAGCAAAGCUGUUAAAAACUGAGGACAUUCAGAUCCGAUGGUAUAGUCAGCAAGAAACUAUAACCUUGAAUGGCCCGAAAGCAGAGGAAUACAAGUCGUUAUUGAAAGCUAAGGGGAGUGUCUUAGAUAUCACCGAAACGACAGAAAGUGUGGACAAGGAGAUGUCUGAAGCUUCCCAGCAAGAGGUUUCGGUAAGCGAGGCGUUAAAUAUCACAAGUUUUGACCCUUGCCUUUAUAAAACAGUAGAAGCGAUGAAGUCUGAAAUUAAUGCAUUGAAAUCGCAAUUUAACAAACAUUGCUUAGAUUCAUCCAAACUGCAUAUAGAAUCAAAAAUCCAAAAAGAUAAUAACUCUAGUGAUGCUCGUACUUUAGAUGUAGAGCGUUUGGAAAACGAAAACGAGAACUUAAAACAAGAAAACCAAUUAUUUCGAUCAAAAAUCGAUUACCAAGAACAAGAUCUAUUGCAUUUGAAUAACAAAUUAAAGACUUUAGAAGACGAGAGAGCAAGUUUAAUAACCGUAAUACGUCUAUUGUACUCCGAUAGAGAUGAAAACAAUAAAUCAUAUUCCCAAUGUGAAUAUCAAAGUGUUAUGCGUGGCAGCACAAAAGCUAACUACCCACGCUCUCGCGUUCCAAAUGCCGCCAGUAAACAAAAUAAAAUUCCAGACGUGGUAGGCAAAAAUAACUAUUCACCGCUCGAAGUAGAACAAGCUUCUGAAGACGACGAAGAAGCCGGACAGUAAUUGAAGUUGGCACAAGCGACGAUGAUGAUAAAACUCCUCAUUACAGACCUAAGCAAACCUCAAAAUCAACCACCCGAGUGUCCAAAAAAACAGAGAAAGAGGCUCGACAACAACAUCAGCAAGGAAAUGAGAAAGAUUUGACAGAUAGACACAAUUCAAACCAAAACCAGCGAAAAGUGGAUAUCUGUGGUGACUCCAUGACAAAAUAUAUUCAAGCACAUAAAUUAGGACGCUCAACUAACGAUAGAGUCACGUCAAAAUCAUUUAGUGGGGCGAAGUGUAAAGAUAUGAAGCAUUAUAUUAUGCCUACUUUAGAAAAGAAGCCUGACGAAAUUAUACUGCACGUCGGAACAAAUGACCUAAAGACCAGCAGCGCAAAGACGGUUGUCAAAGAUAUCAUGGCGCUAAAAGAUUUUGUAGUAAAAACUUCACCUAGAACAAAGGUAACUAUUUCUGAACUGAUAGUAAGAACUGAUGACGAAACACUUAAUAAUAAAAUUAAACAGAUUAAUACAUUAUUGAAACAAAAUUGUGCUGCUGAUAAUACACCCUUAAUAGAACAUUCCGAUGUAAAUAAUGACUGCUUAAAUCAGUCUGGUGUUCAUUUAAAUAAUAAAGGAACAGCAUUAUUUGCUCUGAGUAUAAUCAACCAUAUUAGGCAUUUUUGA